AGCAUCAUGCGGCUACCAGGAGAGUAGCUCAGUGUGUGUUGUACUGAGCCAGGUUACUGACACACCCUACGGACGGGUAGAAAAGACGGAACACUUCAGCAGAACGACACUGUAGAAAGUAGCAUAACUGAAGAAAGGUGUCGGGCGGAUCAGGUCAAAAGAGAACCUUGCUGUCGACAUUCGUGGCACAGCGUGAGCGGGUUGUUUGCUCCGUCAAAGGUUGACUAUAGUUCACUGAAACAGGUAGAAGCUGUGCUUUCAUUAUGGAGACCAUCAAGCAGAAGGUUCAGAAGCUCCGCACUGAGGCAGACCAGAAUGCCGAGAGAGCUGACGCUGCCGAGAUCAAGCUCAAAGAACAAGAACAAGUCACUAUGGCAUUGGAAGCUGAUAUGGAACAGUUGAGACGCCAGGUGCAACUACUGGAGGGAGACCUUGACAAGGCAGAGGGGCAGACAGACCUUAGGCGAACCGCAGAUGAGCGUGCUAGCACGGCUGAAUCUCGUGCUACACAACUGGAGGCACGAGUCCAAAUGCUUGAAGAAGAACUGGACCGAGUAGAGGGAGAUCUGGGUGAGAAAGUCAAGACGCUGAAUGAAGAAUUGAGACGUGUCGAACAAGAAGCCGAGGAGGCAAAACGAAGAGGUGAUCGCUUAGAAAAGGAGAACGAAGGACUGGAGCGCAACCUGGAAGCCGCGCGUGAAGACAAUGUGGCAACCAAGCAACAGCUAGAGGAAACGUUGAGGGAGUUGAAUGACAUGUGAGCUGGUAACCGUGGCUGUUGCGCUCUCGCACACUACUCUUGACAGUCUUGUACCAUCACUGGUACUGCUUCUCCUGCUGCUUGUCAGUUGUGCCAAAACAUCCCUCUUGUAUUUUUAGGAGAUAAUUAUAACUAUUCUAUUAUACAAGCCGGAUAUGCCCGGGCCUAAUCAAUGUCAAGCAAAAUCUAUCAACUACAUGCAGUAGACUGAACACUAUCCAGAAUUUCUGUUUUCCCAAUAAUCAUGUCAAGAGGUGCAGCUGUAGCCUGUAGCCAUGGUAA